CACAUCUGGCCGAGUCUUCGCCAUAAACGACACCUUAGCCCUCAAACCGGAGAAACCCGUCGUUGCAGAGGAGACCGUGAAGGCAGCACAGACAGAGGAAGGCGGUCCUGUAAUAAAGACAAGAAGCCUGUAACAAAUGGACACUUUAAACUGAUCUACGGAGCUGUAAGUGAAUGAACUAAUGAGUGGAGUGGGUUGGCACGUGAACUACAGAACAGGAUGUAAGAGAACACCGGGGUUUAAUGGAGCCUCCAUGGCCGGCGCUGGAGGCUGCAUCCGGGGUUUGUGUGGCUCACCUGUGUUCGGUGUCACUGCUUGUUGCUGUGGUUACCUAAACAAUCUCACGUCCUCUUCGUCUGACACACAUUGGAACUGACACUGUCCAAUGGAAGCUAAAGGAUGUGACCUGCGAUGGACGAUGCAUCACUCAGAGCUUAAACAUAAAGGAAGAGUGUCAGGUCCGUCUAUAAAAGACGGUGAGACAGACCAAGCAGGAGAUGGGGGAGGACCUCAUAGAAGUGUUACUGUGGCUCCCACAUCCAGGUAUAUGACGGAUCGACACUAUGUACCAAGAAAGCCUCUGUGCUCACUCAUACAACACACGUCCAUUUUAAAGAAGACACAUCCACCAACGCGACCUGAGCAGGACACCCAGCCAAGUGUUAUCAGAGCUGAGGCCCAGCAGCCAGUCAACAUGACAAGCCUCAGAGAGGUGCUGACCUCAGAGGGCAUCUCCCAUCCCCUCAGUGGUAUCUCACCUCCUCCUCCAUUUAAAGAGGACCCAGUCUCACUGUGGCGUAACUCCAGCUUCGGAUCACCUCUUCUUGGCACCAGAUCCCAUCAGCAGAGCCUCUCUUGCUCGAUUCUGGAAGUUCAGAGACUAAACCCUCCUCUCAGGCCUCAGCUGACAUCCACCGUCCUACAUCCAACAUACAGCCCCCGCUCAGGUUACUGCAGACCAGGCCAGGCUGACCUCAGGCUGGGUGGGAACAAGGUCAGAGGUGGAGGAGGAACCAAUUCGAAAGGAAAUACUUUGUCACCCUACCAGGCAAAUUACUGGACCUGUGCCAUCCCUAAAGAUUUACCUCCAUCAUCACAGCACCACUCUAGAAGCUGGGACCCAAACAGGGAAUACCAGGCCCUGCUGGACUACACCUACCCUUUAAGACCAGGGACCAGCACCAAGCCACCAGGAAACAUUUCCCUCCAAUCAGACCGAAACCUGCAGGACUCAGGGAUCGAACUGGAUCAGCUUUGUAGCUCCACCAGCUUGUCAGAGCUGAACUUUCCCCUUAGUGGUACAGGGCAGACAAGAGAAAGGAGUGGUUUUUGUAUAGACCAAAAGUCGGCAUACAUCAUGGGGGGCCGAUCCUCUGGUACUCCACUGUCCCUAACAGAGCCAGGGAUAUCGCUGGACAGUUGUGACUCUGGUAAGGAUGGAGUUUGCAGCAGUGCUUUUCUGCCCCGGACAAGGUGUGUGGGUGCGGAGGUGGAUGAAGAGUUCAGAGCCCUCCCGGAGCAGCUGAAGGAGAUGCAGCUCUUGUCCAGACAGGUGAAAGAGAUGACUGCUCAGCUGAACUGGCGAGUCGGUACCAGCUGGGAGUCUCUAGAACCAGGAACUGUCUCCGUCCAAUCUCCCAUCAGCCCUGCAGACAAACAGGAGGCUGAAGACAGUGAUCAUCAGACAGAGGACACAGAUGAAGGUAAAGAGGAACCUGCUCCGGCUCUUCAGCUCAUUAGUGAAGCUGAAACCUGUACAAAGCCUCUCAGAGAAGGACUGAGUGAGGCCAGUCUUCAGGAGGUGGAGGCUCUGAUGGAGCAGCUGUGUGGCCCCCAGAGGUGCUCAGGGGACCCGGAGGAUCAGGAUGACCAGGAGGACCGGGACCACAGCGAUUCACUAAUGCAACACAUCCAGAUCUUUUGUUCACAUCUGGAGCAGCUCAUCCAUUGGCUCCACAUAGUGUCAAAGAAGAUGGACAUGCUGGCCCCUCCCACUGUGGACAUAGAUAGUGUGAAGUCAUCACUGGCUCAGUAUCAGAGUUUUCAGAGAGAAGUGAGCAGCUGCCAUCCCCUUACCUCCAGCGUGGUUCACACCGGGCAGCUUCUCCUCAGCUGCCUCAACACCACCUCUCCAAUUUUAAGAGACACCUUGCUCUUGAUUGAGAGGCAGUCCAGAGCGUUGGAGGGCCACACGGAACACUUUUUCUCCUCCAUCUUAUCUGCAAUGGACAGCCUGACUCGUCCUAGUCAGUCUAGUCCAGUCCUGCAGAUGGAUGAGGACGGGGGCCACUGGGGGAUCAAAGACUCCUCUACAUAAACACUCUGCAGAACCUUAUUUAAAGGGGUCAUAUUUUGCUAAACCCGUUUUUAUUAGUCUUUGGUUCAUUUAUUUGUGUGUUUGGAUCCUAAUAGUUCAAAAGUUUGAAUUUGAACCCUCCAGGUGCUGCAAAGCUAUCU